ACCUUGACAUAAAUUUUACAUUCAUGCUCCCUGUAAUGAGCGUGGGAAUGUAAACACAGCUGGUGGUGGUGGUGGUGAGUUGAGGAGAGGAUGAGGACGUAAUGAAGGAGUACCCAGUGCCUUCAGUCCUUCCCCAAGAGCCUGACACCCCUGCAUACAUCAACACCACCAGAAUUUCUUUUGUUUUUUUCCUUAUUUGAUAUGUAAAGGAAGCUAUUUAUAUUUCAACAUACUUAGAGAAGAAAAAAAAAAAAAAAGAAUAUUUAACUGCUUCCCAAUGUAAAUUAAUAAAUAGAUAGAGAUAGAAUAAAUAGAAAUAGAGAGAAAAAGUUGAUAGAUAAAGUUAUUCAGUUUAGUUUUUGAGAAGUGUGGCUGUGUUCCUCCUUUGAAGCAGACCAGGCCUUAGAAUUUAGGAGUUGUAAGUGUAAGGGAUUUAUUCUUAUCAAUUUAUUUAUUUUCUAUGUAAGAGGCCAAGGGUAGCAAAAUUAAGAGAGAAAAUAAAGUCAUGCAGUUAGCAAGAUCAGAAGAACAGCUGAUAUGAUAAAAAGUAGUAGAAGAUAGCAAGAAAUAACACAACAAUGAUGAGAGAGAGGCUGAGGACAGUCAGUUAGAGGAGAGCUUUUCAUUCUAUUCUGUCUAAAAGGAGGAAUAUGAGUAGAGCCCCCUAUUAUAUGUGAAAUAGAGAGGUUACUGAUCAACUCUUGCAUUGAUAAAGUGGACAAAGUAGGUUGGAAUAAAGUGCUAGUGUGAUGCAGUGAGGCCAUGGGAAGGAGAGAGGGAGCCAAGGAUGUAGCAGGUUCAGAAAAGCCAUGCCUCAUUAAAUAUGCACUCAGCAGCAGGUGAUGGAGUGGUGUACAUUGCCUGGCCUUCCUUAGCAGAGACAUGUCAGCUCAGGAGGGUGGAAUCUGUACAGAAGAUAUGUAUGUAAUGAUGAUGAGUGUAUAUCCAGCUAAAAAUAAGAUUGAGUUGUAAACAGAGAGGAAUAUGACAAAAUGAGAGAGAAGUAAGAGGAGUGAAGAAGAAGAGAAUAGUGUGUGUGUGUGUGUGUGUGUGUGUGUGUCUGUGUGUAGAGUGGGCAGCAAUGGAGGCAGCAUCAGGGGCAGUGGAGUUCCUCAGUGUGGAGUGUGACAUGAUCUUUGAGCCAGACUGUGACCUGGAGACAGAGUGCCAAGCAGACAGCGAGCAAGAGGAGGAGCAAGCUGGGGACGGGGUCACCUCUCCCUCCUGCCUCUCCCCAUCCCCAGCAUCCCCCGUGGCACACGCACCACUCUCUGUCAGUGAGCUGUUCAAGGGGCGGAGUGUGGGGGUGUACCGCCGCAGCGACCCAGAUGACCCCUUCGUGCUGAUCUUUGAUCCCUCGCUGCAGCCGCGAACUGAGGACAGGCAGGCAGGGGAGGCCAGCAAGGGCAGGUGGAGCAGCCCUGAGGAGGAUGGGGAGGAGGGUGAGGGUGAAGGGCAGGGGCAGGGCUGCCGGCGACCAGCACGGUGCAGUGUGUGCCUCAAGCAGUUCAGGACCCGCGGCUGCCUGGUGACUCACAGCCUCACCCACGUGCAGCCGUCUGCUGAGCCACCGCCGCCGUGUCCUGUGUGUGGCGCUGCCCUGCCAUCCCGUGCUGCACUCAAGAUACAUGUGCGGCGCCACUUUAGCAUGCAGACCUACCAGUGCCCCAGCUGUCCUCAGCGCCACCUGACCCGCACCCAGCUAAUGGUGCACCAGCAGCUCCACACCACCCAACACCACCACACGCCUGCCGUCCCCACCCUGCCCUCCACUCCGCCACACCGCCAGGGCCAGGAGAGGCUGGACAGUUCCCCAGAGGCCAAGCCACAGCCUGCCAAGGAGACAAACCACACCCCAGAGCCAGACCUCCGCUGUGAGCGUUGUGAUGCCACCUUCCCAACCCGCACGGCACUCUGGGCACACCGCAAAUGUCACCGGGAGCGGCGCCACCGCCGCCGCCGCCGUCACGAGUGCCCUGAGUGUGGCUCGCAGUUCUGGAGGAGCUCGGCACUCAAGAAGCACCGCAGAGCCGAGCACGACGUGUGAAGAGCCAUGCCUGGCCACGUGGGACUCAGAACACGGGACUUGUGUAUUGCAGGCAACAUUGGCUCGCUGUGACUAGUGCCUGGCAGAGGUGCACCUGCCAACAUGCCAGUGCUGUGCUGGAUGCCUUGAAGGGUGACUGUGCUCCUCUGUGAGUGAGGUGUCUUUACAGGAGCCCCGUGCACCACAACACUGUCAUUGCUUGCUCAGUGCACACCACAAACUAGCUAACUGAUGGUGUGUGUGUGUGUUUGUGUGUGUGUGUGUGUGUGUGUGUGUGUGUGUGUGUGUGUGUGUGUGUGUGUGUGUGUGUGUGUGUGUGUGUGUGUGUGUGUGUGUGUGAUUCACUGUUUG